ACAUGCAGUGUAAGUAUGAGCAACGUGAAACGGCGGAGCUACAUCUCUUAUUUCAUCUUUAAACCAAUUAUUACAAGUGCAUCAGUAUUCCACUGGCAUCUCUCGCACCAUGUCUACAGCACCUUCUUCUUCAGCUACUCAUCAUCAGUCCAGCACUUCAGCCGCGGCCAUAGGCUCUUCAUCUUCUUCAUCUUCUUCAUCAUCUCCUCGCCCGCCGACAUCACCUCCUCCCACGAUCGCAUCUCCGUCAGUCGCCCAUGCCCAUGCUCAUGCACAAAUCCCCUCCGCAGCGCAGCAGACUUCGCCGCCUCCUCCGCAACUACAGUCCACGCUUCCGUCAGCCGAGACGCAGCGCCACGUAGCGGAAGCACGUCGCGCUGUCGUCGCAACGCUGGAGAACAUGAUGGACUCUGAGCUGCAAUGGCGCGCAUCUAUGUUGCAUUCCAACGCUGCGGCGCUGAGCAAGCAGGCGCAGGAUGUGCAGCGUGCGACUGAAGGACUGCGCCGCGAAAAUGUUAAGCUUGCGCGGGAGGCAGACGCUGCGGCACGGAGGCUAAAGGAGCUCGGUAACGUGCAGAACUGGGCUGAGGUGCUGGAGCGCGACUUUCUCGUCCUGGAGGAGACUGUCAGACUCGCAAAUUCCGAUCGUAGCUGUAGCUGCAGCGAGUGUGGAAGUUAUGCUGGGAGUGAGAGUGACGGUGGUGAUGUGGACGAGGGCCAGCGGGCCAUGAGGCUUGACGAAGAAGAGAGGGGCAAGGGUGUUGAAGGGCGCAAAACGCUCGAUGUUGAGAUGGAUAUCGAUACGGAGAACCAUGCGCCUGGUACGUUUUCCGAUGCUAGUAGGAGCUUGACAGAGGCAGACUCCAGCGUGGGAAGGGGGGCUAAGGGAUCAGAUACGGCUUCUAUGUCAACGAUUUCACGAUGAGACCAAAGAUCACCGAGCGAGUGAUGAGCCACGACCAUUCUGAGUAUAUUAUAGGACUAGGGAACUGGCUUCCGCGGUAUAUGAUUCUAUGAGAGCCAUUCGAACAUUACUAUAGCAUGAUAGUCUAAUACUGAGUUUUCACCAAAUCUACUCCGAUCCGAACCGCCUUUUGUCACCUAUAGUGUAGCCCCUGAUAGCUUCUAUAUUGAUGCG